GUUCCGGUUGUUAUUGGUCCACUAGAAUUGAGGAUAUGAUCUGAUUAGCUUGUUAAAUGACUCGACAAAUUUAAGGUUAAUAAAACUAUUAAAUAUAUCUUCUUUCCAUCCAUUUUCAUUAAUAAAUUUUAACUGACUUUGAUAUGUUAUGAUGCUGUUUAUUAAACAAUGCAUUAAAUCAGUAUUUUAGGCUUAAUCUUACCUAUUUCUUUGAACACCGAAAUCAUCAAUAGAAUUAGAUUUCACUUGAUUUUGAGGAAAAUUGUAGAAAUUUCCUGGUACUGGACCAUUAUUCCAUAAUGGCGUAAAGUUGAUUCCAUUAUUAGACAUUAUUUUGAACAGUAACUUAUGUAUUUAUGCUGCAAACUUGAUUUUUAAUAUUUUUUUGUGAAAUUUCAAUGAUUUGACAAAUUUUUGUUAUGAUUUCCAAUCUACUUCCAGUAUUCCAGUGACUUCCAAUGUUUGAAAAAUUUGAAUCACAAAAUGACUGUUAAUUUUAUGUAAACUUUUAUGACGAUUUUUGAUCAAUUUCACUAAGUUGGCAUUUCAAGAUACAUUUUAAUGAAUAAUUAUACGAUUUCAUGGUCAUGAUUAAGCUGUUGAUAAAUUUAUAUUCUGAGUGUUUAAAUGAAAAACAGAAAAAGUAGGAUAAAAAAACCACGCGUUUCUUUGAUUAUUGCAAAAACUGUAAUUUAGUUUAUUUUAUAACUAUUAGGAUUGUAAAUAUCAACAUUUUGAGAAGAAGUGACCUAUUUCUUCGAGAAAAUAACGUAGUUUGAACGAAAAAGGAUUGAAAUAAUAAGAAACAUUCAAAAUAACUGGAUCUGAAGUAUUAACAGACUGAGAGAAGACUUGAUGCUAAAAAAGUGUGAAAUUAAAGGAGAUAGAUAACUGGUGAGCUGACGCAUAAGAGGAGGCUGUAAGGUUUCAAAUCAGUCAGUCGUAAGAAAGGUUUAACAUCAGCAAGACGUAACAUCUUAGACAAAAAGGUUAAAGAUCUAGAGUGCUUUACCAUCUAAUUCGUCACUCAUAAAGACCAUCAUAACAGCAAAUAUAACAAACAAAUAAGACCUUGAAGAAGAUCAAGAGACAAAUUUACCAUCAGUAAUUUGUAUUUCGUGUUUGAAAAACGGGGGAAAAAAUGACAGACACCGAAGGUACGCCAAACUUUUUUAUAUGUUUAUUAUUCUUCUUAUGCUUCCUAUCAGCACAAAGAAAGAUUUUUUCCUUAUCAUCAAUCCAUACAAUCGCUUCAUUUGUGCCAAAUACACGACAAUAACGAAAAUUUUCCUAUUUCUAGCACCAGCCGUAGAAGCCCAACCACAAAAAACAGCUGUCGUACCAGUGCAAAAGGAAAUCAUUGCAACAAAGGUGACUGGAACUGUUAAAUGGUUCAACGUUAAGAGCGGUUAUGGUUUUAUCAAUCGUAAUGACAACAAGCAAGAUAUUUUUGUACAUCAAAGUGCUAUCAUCAAGAAUAAUCCGAAAAAAGCCGUAAGAUCAGUUGGCGAUGGAGAAGUUGUUGAAUUUGAUGUCGUUGCUGGAGAAAAAGGAAGUGAAGCAGCCAAUGUAACUGGUCCAGAAGGUGAGCCUGUUAAAGGCAGUCCAUAUGCAGCUGAUAAGAGACGUGGACGUUACUGGUCAAGAAAUCGUCGUCGUACAUCAUCGAAUAAGGGAGAUACUCGUAUUAAGAAAGAUGGCAAGGAAAAUGGUGAAAAUGGAGAGCAAAGCGAUGGAGAAAAUGGAAAGGAUGAUAAUAAGCCAAGACAAAGACGUUUCAGACGUGGAUUUGGUCGACGUGGAGGUAGUGGUGGAUAUAGAGGAAGUGGAGGGAGUGGAUUUAACGAUGGAUAUAGACGUCGUUUACCAAAGCGUGACGGUGCAUCCGAAGGAGACGGAACAGCCGGAGAAUCUGAAGGAGAACGUACAGGAGGACAUGUUCGUAAUGGAAGUGGAGAUGGACGUCCUCGUAAUCCACGUAGAGGAGGUGGAGCAUUUAGACGUAGAGGAGGAUUCAGAGGUGGUCGUCGAUCAGGAGGUCCACCAGGAGGUCCACGUGGUGGCAAUAUGCAAAAUGGUGAAAUGCAUGAAGGAGGCGAUGCAGGCUCACAACAAGAUCGUGGCCGAAGACGUUUCAGACGUGCUGCACGUCGUCCAGGAAACAGUACAAGCGAUAAGCAAGAUAGAGGAGAAAAGAAUGAUGGUCAACCAGUCCAAAAUACAACAACUGAAAGCACUGCAUAAAUUACGCCAGUUUUUUGGGUGAAUUCAGAUUUUAAUAAUGAAAAAAAAAGAAUAAUAUCAGAAAACACAAUAUAGACAAAUUAAAAACCAGAAAGAAAGAAUAUAUCCAAACCUCCCCCAAUUUUUAAAAAAGAGAUCAGAAAGAUCCUCCCUCAAAUUUCAUAGAAUGUCAACAAGUUUAAUAUCAAGCAAAAAAAAAAUUAUGAGAUGAAAAAUUAACAUCAAAAAAUGGAAUAAUAUGUAUUAAAAAUAACAUAAAAGAAAUAAAUAAAAAAAAAAAAUCAGAAAAUCAAACACGAAAUGAAUAAUAAGAAAGAAAAUAUUAAGAAAGAAAUGUGUAACAGUAACAUCAUUUAUACCUUUAAAAAUCAUAAUAACUUAAAAAAAAUCAGUUUUCUUUGUAAUAAUUUUCAUUUAAUUUGAAUUGAGUUAAUUUCGGAUGAUGAAUCAACAUCAGAUAAUAAUAAUUAAUAUCCUGAAAUAAUUUUUUUCUUUUUCGUCGCCAUGCGAGCAUUUAAAUCUAUUUUAUUCUGAAAACUGCAUGCAAAAUACGCGAAAAAAAUAACAAUGUGUCUCUUAUAACGACUAAUUAAAGUUGAAAGAAAAAGAAUAUUAAAGUCCGUAAAUGAUGGUAAAAAUAAUGAUAACGGAUAAAGUAGAUUUUAUGUUCAAAUUUGUUUUAAUUUGACUACUGUAGAGAAUAUGCUGGCGAUGGAUAUUAGAUUUUUUUACAAAUAAAUGUUUUUCUACACAACACGUUUGGCUUUUGACUUGUUUUUGAUUAUUUUCUCUCCAAUUUCUAUCCGAGCAGCUUAUCAUGGCAAUGACUAUUACUAUAAUGUACUGCUCGGGCUAUAUUAGGCAAAAUUUCGAAUAUGAUUUUGGAGUUCUUUACUUUUUCGAUGCAGAUACUCCCAACAUAACUUUUUAUUUCAUUUCUGUUGCUUUAAAUCUUGUCUCCGGCAUCUGUUUUAAUUAAUUUUUUGCUCAUUUUUUUAUUAAAUUUUACACAUUAAUUUAAUUCACAAAGAUGAAUAAAAAAGUUGCAUUGAAAUAAGAAAACAAUUAAAUGUAAGGAAAAAAAAGUAAAGAAUCAAGCAUAAGAGAAAAACAUUUUUGAAAAAGCAGAACCAAAAAGGAAAUGACACGAGUUUUUCCAAUAAACCAAUUAAGCUCGCGUUUAAAGUAAGAAAUGACAUAAAAACGUUUAAAAAAUGACGAAAUUAAAUCGAGUACGGAACUCAAAACAUAAAGUCGCGCGUAAAAAUAUAAUGAGUGAUGAAUUAAAAAUUUUUGAAAUAAAAAAAUACGAUGACGAAAAAUGAGUGGAAAUGAUGUGACUCAUAAAUGUUCACUUGCUGCGGCACAGAAUUUAAAUGUGACAAGGAUCGUGUGACAUGAAUUUUGUGAGAUCUUCAUUUUUUUGCAACGCAACUGUUGCGUAUCACAUCGAUCCUUAAGAUAAUGUCUUACUACAUGUGACAUGAUUCAUUUAACAAAUGUAGUGCAACUGUCACAUGCCACAUUUUAAUGUCACAAAAUCUCCUUUUUAGGUUGAAAUCUUUUUUCUUGUGUCGCUUUAGUAAAAGUUUUCUUCGAAUUCGCCAAUUAAAUAAAAAAAAAAAAAAGAUUGAGAUUAAUAAAAGGCGAGAAGAAAAGGUUCAUUAUAUUUGAUAUCCAUCCUUUCCACCAGAAGUUGCAUAAUUAACAAUUCGAUAAUGUUUCUCGUUGUCAUUUCUUUUUGAAUGGUUUCUAAUAUAACAAUAAUCUUAUAUCUUUAAAGAAAAAAAAACAAUUGAAUUCAUUUAAUAAUUGUAUUUGAGUGAAACAGCAAAGAUUUGAUUGAAAAAAUAACAUAAAAUAACAGCCAUUCACAAGCAAAAGAAAUGAUGUUUGAAUGUGCUAAAAUAUAGAACAUUUUCACAAUAAACAGAAGUUUGAAAAAGGCAGUAAAACAUGUAGCGAAUGUUUGAAAAAAAUCAUACAAUAAUCAGCCUGGAAAGUAAUUAAUGGAAAAUCAUAAUAAUAAGUGUCUGGUAACAUCACGAAACAAUAAAAAAAAAUCCUUUUUAACUAAAAACAAAAACCAAAAUUUGAAAUGCUUUUAUGGAAAAGAGAUCAUUCAUCAGAAACUAAAACAAAAUCAAUUACAGGACACUUAAUUACAAGUAAAAAAGGAAUUAAAAAUGUAAAUAAAAAAAUAAAUUCAUUCUUCAAAAAUUUCCUCACAUUCUUCUAGUUCCAUCAUGUUUUUCAUUGCAUUUAGAAUUUUUUUCACAUUACAUUUUGAAAAUUUUUCAUAAGUUUCGUUAGUUUCCAACAAUAGAAAUUUAAUUUUGAUCGAAAAACAAAAAAAAUAUACCAAAAAGAUUUAAUUUCAUUUUUUAAUGAGAAAUGCUGAAUGCGUGGAAAUUUUUGGAAAUGACACCACUUUUUUAUAUACAACAAAAAAAAAGAAGUAAGUGUAAUACAAAAAAUAAUACGAUCACUUUUGUAUGAUUUUUUCUUUGAAAAUCAAUAAAAAAUCUAAAAAAAAUUUAA